AUGGCGGAUCCGAGUAAUAAGUAUUAUCCCUUGACCCCGGCUUUGGUACGCGCUUUAACUGAUAAGUUAUAUGAGAAAAGGAAGGCCGCCGCCUUGGAAAUUGAAAAGUGGGUAUUAGUCAUUAAUUCUUUGCUUCGCCCAUGCGCUGCUCACUGACGUGAUUUCAGAUUGGUUAAAGAACUUAUCAAACAGAAUCGAAUCAAAGAUCUAGGGAAGUUAAUAGAAGUCAUAGAAGAGUUGACAGCUACCCCCAAUGGGAACUGCCGCAAGGGUGGUCUGAUUGGCCUGGCGGCAAUUGCUAUUGGUCUUGGGAAGGUGAGGUUGAAGGAUUUUUUUUUUAUAAUAAUUUUUUUAUUAUCAUUUUAAACUCAUUAACAGAAUUAUGGGGAAUUCUCGGAAAAAUUGCUCACCUCGGCUCUGACGUGUUUCACGGACGCUGAUUCGAGGGUCCGCUAUUUUGCAUGCGAAUCACUCUACAAUGUGGUAAAAAUAUGUAGAACCUCAGCCUUGAAUCAGUUCGACAAGCUCUUCGAUGUUUUAUGGAAGCUAUCUUCGGAUUCUGAACAGACUGUCCGAAGUGGGGCUGAACUCCUGGACCGGCUGAUCAAGGUGGGUAAUUUGGACUGAAAGAUUCUCUUUAUUUAGGAUUUUUAAGUUUACGGCAUUAUGUUAUUUCAUUGAUCUGUUCUGUUAGGUCUAAAAACAUUAUUCCGCCGUUUUUAUGGCUCAACAAUUUUUUUCAAAACAAAAAGUUUACACUAAAGUUUAUUUAACAGUAAUUACCAUUAACAAUUAUGACAUUUUCCCACAAUGUCGGAAACUUUCUAAUAACAUCAGAGAAAAACUAUUUCGUUGAGCCAAUGGGAUGGUCAUCUUUGAAGCUCUAAAAACCGUCAUGAUUAGCCUUCAAUUUCAAUUUAUUUCCGCUGAUCAUCUAUCAAAAGUAGAGAAACAGGCCAUGAUUCGGGGCCAAGAUGGGGAUGUCACGUCGGUUCUCCAGUGUGCCAAUCCUCACGAAGGUCCUGCCACGGGUUGAGCUUAGCCUUACGAAACAUAUAUCAAUAGAUCGCGUUUUCAACGCUCUUUCAGGUGAUCUGAGAAAAAAUUACAAAAUUUUACUUCUACCUGUAAAAAAUGCACAAUAAAAAACGGCGGAUUCAUACUUUUACACUAAAACUUAUUUUAGGAGAUCGUCCGUAGUUCUCCAGACUUUGACGUCGAUGAAUUGAUGCUGUUAAUUCGCGAACGAAUAUACAGCAACAACUCUUCCAACCGACGAUUCAUUAUUGGAUGGGUAAGCUUUAACUUUUUUUCAGUCUCUUUUUAGUUGCAUACAGUUCUCAAAAUGCCCAAUUUUAAAGUGACACAUUUUGUGCCGGAAGUUGUCGAUGGAUUGUUUAAGGUGCUGGAUGAUCCGUCUCCAGCUGUUCAUGAUACUGCGGUUACAGUUCUGUCUGAGCUCUUGCACGCCUUGGAUCCAGAACAAAACGGUGAUCUAGUGAGUUUAAUUUUUAUUACUCGGUCUUUGAAGCGCCUCGGCUUUAACACCUUCUUUUUAGGAGGCACCCACCCCCAUAAUAAAUAUUUUGGUAGCCCACACGAAUACUUCUGCCCCAGCCAGAGAGAUCGCAUUGAUUUGGUUGAACCAGUUUUGCGUAUUUUACGGGAAGUCGAUUCUAAAUAACUUGUCGGCCAUGCUGGCGGCAUGUUUAGAUUGGCUUUACAACGAUAAGUUGAAGGCCAACGAAUUGAACAAGAGACUAUCAGAGUUAGUGGACCCUGGCACGGAGAUCGAAAUGGACUCGGUGGUGGAUGUUCUCUCGGCUCAUCUCCGACACGAACAAACUCAAACGAGGAUAGCAUCUUUAAAUUGGAUUCGUCUUCUGCAUUCCACUUAUCCUAAGGCCAUGUUCGUCUACAUUAACCGGCUAUUCCCCGUAUUGCUGGACCUUUUGAUGGACUCGGCUGAUGAUGUUUUGAUGUUGGACAUCAUGUUAAUAACAGACUUUUGCUCCUCAGCCAAUCAAACUGAAGUCGAUUUGAAAAGUUUUGAUCUCUCCGAUGAAGUAAUCACACAGUUUGGGGACAUAUCACCAUAUCUUGUCAAGUUUUGCCUCAGUCUUCUAGAUCUCUUCAAGUCAGAUCCAAAGUUGAUGGAUGAACGGGGAAUACAAAUAAUAAGGUUAGUAAUUAAAGGAAGUGUAAUAUCAUUUGUUUAGACAAUUAUGUCUCCUUUUGGAGCCAGCAGAUGUUUUUAAGUCAUUAGCUCUUCUAUUGAUCCAUAAAGAGGAGGAUGUGGAGUUCCUUUCUCGGUUGGUAGCCAUGCUCAACAGGAUAUUGCUUACCGCCAACGAACUCUUUAAACUCCGGGUCUCCCUUAAAAGUCCACAGGAAAAUGUAAGAAAUGUCCGUCUCGAUUUAAAUUAAAUUUUAUUUUAGAAUGUGGUUAAUCUGUUUGAAUGCCUUUAUCGCUGUUGGUGUUAUCAACCGAUCUGCUUGUUAUCACUUUGUCUGCUCUCUCAGAAUUAUCAGCAUGCUGUCGAUUUAGCUGCAAGAUUGUCUGAAUUGGACCUUACUGUAGACAUCCUCACAGAACUGGAUCGCCUAGUACAGCUAAUUGAGUCGCCCAUUCUAGCCUGUAAGUUCCCUUCGAAAAAAAUAUUUUAUUUUUUAGAUGUCCGUAUGGAUUUAUUAUCAUCAGAACAUCAACGUCCUCUGGCUUCUGUUCUGUCAGCCUUGCUUAUGUUGUUGCCCCAAACUGAAGCCUUUAACACCCUUCAUAAAAGACUUCAAGCCAUUCCACACUUACAAUUGAUUGAGUAAGUUAUUUUGGCUCCAAAUAUGCUUGUUAUAGAACACCAAAGACACCGAAACCCCAGCUGAAUCUCGACUUUAAGAAGUUGCUAACACAUUUCGACAAGAUUUCAUCAGAAAGAAAAGAAAAUCUUCGAAGGAAACACGUGGCAUUACUUAAUUCGAUGGCCCGAAACAGCUGA